AACUUUGAUUGAACUCUUGAGAUUGAGUUAAGUUCUCCUCCUACAGCUUACCCCCUAGUGCGUCGAAAGCCAUAGCGUCGCGAAUACUUCAUCAAUCAACGUGAUUCAAAUUGGGAACGGUAGCUGAGAUCAAGAGCUACAACAUAUCCAAGUUUCGCGACAUUCCAACGGCUAGGUUUUCGUCGACGUCGUUUCUUGUGAAGACGACUUUUCUGUCCAGAAUUUCGGAUUUAUAUUUUGAGUAAUUCUAGCUCCUAAGUUCACCUAGACUCCGUCCUUAAUCCUAACAAGUGGUAUCAGAGCGAUAUUAAGGACAUUGAGAGGAGUCUACAGAAGUGUGAAGACCCUUCUAGACCCACCAUGGCCUGUGGGUGUGCCUAAGUGGUGUUCUAAAGGUUGGAUGUGUCUUCCGCUAAGGGGAAACUCUGCCGAAAUUUCGUGGACGGCGACACUUGUGAAAAUAUCGAGGGAGCUGAGUGUGGACAGCAAAGGGGAGCUGAAAUUCGUCAUUUCUCAAGGAGAAGAUGAAUGAGAGAGGAGGAGAUGCUAAUGGAAGAGGAGCUGUAGCUGAGAAGGCAAGUGAGCCGCCGCCAUCAAAAGUUGAAGCUUUGGAUGGCUCCAACUAUGAGGAAUGGAGCGGACGGAUGAGGAAUUUGCUUGAUGAGGUAAAACCCCCUGGGAAGAUCAAGUAUGUGGCAGCAGCGUCAGGUGCUUUGCUCCCUGUGAUUGGUGUUGGGAAUGCCAAGGUUAAGGGAGCUAAUGGGGAGCUUGUGGGGCUUGGGAAUGUUCUGCUGGUUAAAGGCUUGUCUGCUAACCUUCUCUCUGUGCGGCGACUGCAGAAGAGCAAGGCCGAAGUGACCUUUGGACCAACCAGCUGCCGUGCUAAGCUUGGGAAGAAGCUGGUGAACAUGCUGAGGGCAUUUGGGUGCAUGGUGGUGUUUCAUGUGCCCAAGGAGAAAAGGGGGAAGUUGGAGGCUUCUGGAAGAUGGGGUGUGCACUUGGGGAUUGCAAAGGAUCACAAGGGGUGGCUGCUAUGGGACCUGACCACCCAGAAGCUGACAGUGUCAAGGGAUGUGAAGUUUCUUGAGUCCCUGUACUAUAAGGAAUGGAAGCAGCAGCAACAGAAGCUUCCAUCUACACCGCUCAUUGUGGAGGCAGAUGAGCCAGAGGGGGAGAUUGUUGUGUGAUGUCAUCAUAUGCUAUCACAUUCUGUCUGCCUCCCAUCCCAUGUUUUCAACUUGCAUGUGUGGUUUGAAUGUGCAAGCAUUUGUGUGUGGUGUGUUCUGGAGUUUGGGAAUGUGUUCUGUGUUA